GAACAGCACGUGUGCAGCCCGAGCAUCGACAGCAUAGUGCAUCACUAUCACAAGCUGCUUGCUGACCCUAUUUAGCAAAGCGGACUGAGCAUUAAAACGACGUUUGUUGACACUGGUAAUUGUGCCAGGACAAUGUGCGUGGGCGUUGGUGUGGGCUUGGUCACUUGGAGGCAGGGCCAAACCUGCACGUCGAAGCAAGCGCAACCAGCCCCACCCCCCUGAGGGCAACACAGCAGCCACACCCCUUGAAAGGGUAUGCGGAUACGCGGGUCCAGAUCAUCGCCCUGCCGCCGCUGAGAUGCCGUUCGUGACGUUUUGCGCGGUGCUGGAGCACACGGCGCAGCAGCUGGCUGGUGGAAGGCCCAAGGAGGAGGUCAUUGUUGGCUGGGGCAACGCCAACACUGGCUAUGGCGGUUGCAUCAGCAGGUUGGGGCGGGGCCCAAACCGGGCACUGCUCCGCCUGCUGGUGGACAAGUACGCGCACCUGGUGGUGUACGUGGACGAGUUCUACACAUCGCAGGGACGUGACGUCAACUCCGCAACCAACAUCCGGCACGCGCUGGUGGAGAUGCUGCUGGGGCACAAGCGACCUGCAUCGCUGCAGACUGGCGGCGGCGGCGGCGGCGGAGGUGGCAGCGGCGGCGGCGGCAGCGGCGGCGGCGGCAGCGGCGGCAGUGGCGGCGGCAGCGGCGGCGGCGGCAGCGGCGGCGGCGGCGGCAGCAGCGGGGGCGCGUGCGCGCAUCUUGGUAGCGGAGGGGGCGGGAAAGGCCACGUGGAGGAGGAGAGCGCAGCGCCGCCCAAGAAGCGGCGCAAGCGCGCAGGCUGAGGAGCCGGCCGGCGGUGUCUAGGUAGCGGUCCGCGGUGGGGCUGGCAGGGCAUCCGUAGCGGCAUGACAAGCAGUGCGGCUGUUGACAACUGUGCUGCGUCUGGCUGCGGUUGGCUCUGCUGUGGCAUCGCGACUACUAGAUAGGCACCUGGUUUGGCUAUGUGCCUGUGGAAACCGACCCCGGCUAUGUCCGGGCGAUGAGGUUGUUCGGCCUCAGACUGUGGAGGGGCUCAGCCCCUUUUCCCGUGACCGGGGAACACUUGUCACCUCAGUAGGCAAG